GUCAGUGUCUAUCUACCGUAUCUCUGCCUCCAUCGCGUCCCCUCAGCCUCCGUUGCUCCAGGGGAAACAGUCCCAGCCCGUCCUGUCUCUCCCUGUAACUCCAGCCCUCCAGUCCCAGCAACAUCCCCGAGAAUCUUCCCUGCUCCCUCUCCAGCUUAAUCCCAUUCUUCCUGUAGCGUCGGGAGGGGGAGGGUGCCCACACUGAGGUAAGAGGAAAGUGCAUUAUAUGUUUCCUGAUGGAGCAGAAAUGGUGGAAGAGUAUGAAAUCUGCAGUGACCAACUCAAGGUUAGGAAGUGGAAGCAGAAGACCGCACUGGGAUCCCCUGGACAGUGGCAGUUCGAGGUGGGGGAACCAAACUCUCGACCUGUGGGGGGUCUUGAACAGCCGCUGAUACAGGAGAGUGGUAGCAAUCCAAUAUUCACAAGAAAGGACACCAAGACCUGCUUCCAGUGGAGGAUUCGAAAUCUACCAUACCCCAAGAAUGUGUACAGUGUUACAGUCGACCCAGAUGAGCGAUGCUGUAUUGUGAGGACAUCUAACAAAAAGUAUUUCAAGAAGUUCAAUAUUCCCGAUAUGGACCGAUGCCACCUCCCUCUGGACAGCUCUGCACUCAGUUUCACACAUGCCAACAACACCCUCAUCAUCACAUAUCAGAAGCCAACAGCAAUCUUGCAGCUGGAGCAGGAGGUCCUGCAGGAACUGAAGAAGAUGAAGGUGGCAGAGGAUGGAGAUGUGCAAUGUAAAACACAGUGAUGUGUAUCUGCCUCCACGCACAGCUUCUGUGGUUGCACCCACCG